AUGUCUGUUCCCGCGAAAUCCAAAAUCAUCAAGAAAGGAGCUUCGGAGCCUGACCAGUUUGAGCUGUCCAUCGCACAGGCCCUGCUCGAAUUGCAGAACAACAGCGACUUGAAGGGCGAACUCCGUGAGCUAUACAUCACCAAAGCCAAGGAGAUCGAGGUGUUCGGCAAAAAAAGCGUCAUUAUCUAUGUGCCCAUGCCACAACGAGCUCAAUUCCAAAAAAUUCAAUCUCGCUUGGUUAGAGAACUAGAGAAGAGGUUUAGUGGCAAGCAUGUUGUGUUUAUUGGUGAUCGAACAAUAUUACCAAAACCCACUAGGAAAACAAGGACAAAGAGCAAUCAAAAGCGUCCAAGAAGUCGAACUUUAACUUGGGUCUACGAUGCAAUCCUUGAUGAUUUAGUCUUUCCAGCAGAAAUUAUUGGUAAACGUAUCAGAGUGAAAUUAGAUGGAAAACAAAUAAUUAAAGUUCAUUUAGACAAGACUCAUCAAAACUAUAUAGAGCACAAGGUGGAUACAUUUGCAUCUAUAUAUCGAAAGCUGACCGGCAGGGAUGUGACUUUUGAGUUUCCAGAACCAUACAUGCCAACUUGGACUAAUAAAAACAUAUUAACUUAAUUGUCUGAUCAUUUUUUUCUUCAUGAUAUAUUAAU